GGUUUCGCCCUGGAAUACGAGUACUUUCUUUGUUCUCUGGCUAUCUGUGAUAUAGUAAAAGUAUCUCUUAUUUCGGUUUAUAUACCAGAAAAUGGAAUAGUACAUGGUUUGCCUGACUGUUUUUAUGGGUAUCCCUCCCCCUUCUCGAGUUCUCUGGAGAAGUUUUAUAGUUUUUCGCCUGGGAGCUGGGUUGGAAGGCUGGACUGACUGGAAGCGGCGACCAGGUUUUCCAUUCAGCGCUGCACGGCCGCUUAAAAGCGCCGGCAUUCAGCCAUAAGGGCUCAAACGCAGUCCAGUUGGAGGCCAGAACGGAUCGCCGCCGGUUCCCAGAAGAAACUAAUCCCCUAAAAAACAUAAAAAAUUGUAUUUAAACCUCUGAAAGACAGUGAAGAUAAAAGUGAGAAUGUCGCUGAUACCGUUCAUACUCGAUUUGGCCGAGGAGCUGCAUGACUUUAAUCGCAGUCUGGCCAUGGAUAUAGACGACUCGGCAGGAUUUGGGCUGUAUCCUCUGGAUGCCACUACACAUACGCCACAGAUAAGUCGUGGCCUGGGGCGUGGAAAUGCCAUGAUGUGGGUGCCCAUUAAGGGUCAGUCCCCGGUGCAGCAGCAGCAGCAUCGUCAUCAUCCGUACAAUCGUGUGGCUGGAGCCAAAACCAUGUGCUGCAAUAAGUCGCUGCUGGAACUGGAAAAGGAGCUGGGCGAUAAGGGCACUUCCGGCGGAAGUUCCGGCAGUGGCAGCCAGCCGACGGCCAGCAAAUCGGCCUACUCCGUGGUCAACAGGAAUGGCUUCCAGGUGAGCAUGAAUGUGAAGCAAUUCGCGGCCAGAGAGCUGACCGUCAAGACCAUCGACAACUGCAUCGUGGUCGAGGGACAGCACGACGAGAAGGAGGAUGGCCACGGGGUGAUCUCGCGCCACUUCAUCCGCAAGUACAUCCUGCCCAAGGGCUAUGAUCCCAACGAGGUGCACUCCACUCUUUCCUCGGACGGGAUUCUAACGGUCAAGGCGCCGCCUCCGCUUCCCGUUUCCAAAGGCGGCCUGGAACGACAGGAGCGCAUCGUGGACAUCCAGCAGAUAUCGUCGCAGCAGCAAAAGGAUGCGCAGCCGCCGAAACCAGCAGAGGCAGAGCAGCAGACGGCAGCUAGUGCUCCCACUCCCAAUGCUGCUGCACCCACUCCCACUCUCACUCCCACUGCCACGCUCUCGCUCACUCUCGUCGAGAGCAACGGUAAUGGUCAGGAGGAGAUAGAAACAACUGCUCUCUCUCCCUCUAUUUCCAACGAGGCUGCUGCCACUGCCGCUGUUGCAGUGGAAACCCCUUCCACUGCAGUAAACACUUCCAGCGCCAACAAUGGCGUUCCAGAGCCGGAGUCCAUGGAAGUGGUUGCCAAAAACGAAGAGCCUGCCAAGGAGGAGGACCCCACACCCGAUCCCGUAGAGAGCAACGAAGGCGAGCAGAAAACAGAGGAUGCCAAUGCCAACGAAGUGGCCAUAGCCUCCAAUAACGGUAAUGGAGCUGUCAUAGCCCCCGAGGAUGUGGAAAUGCCGCUGGUCAAAAAACCCGAAGCUCCCACAGAAGACAGCAAAGUGGAGAAGGCGGAGAAGGUGGAAAAAGUAGAGAAGGUUGAGGAGAAAGGCGGCGAGGAGCUGGCCGCCGUGGAUGCCGCCAUACUCAUGGCCAAAAACCAGGGCGAAAACGGUGCCACUGCUGCCAAAACCGAGGAACUGGCCAAGUGAAGACUGAAUAAAAAAAAUAUAAUAACUAAGAACAAAUAAUAACCUGCACGAGUACGCGUGCGUUUUAUUCCAUAAAUGUUUCUUGUUUUUUUGAGCUAGAGAAAAGCUGAUGGGAAAGCACUCAAUUACUAUGCGUGGAAGAUAGCGAACGAUAUAUGAUUUCCUAAAAACAUAUGUGACAACAACUACAAGUAUUCCAGUAAAACUUAAAGACAGAAACACAAAAUAAUGUACUUAACAAUAAAGAGGAAAAACAAAAUAAAAGAAA